AUGGCCAGCGCCACAAACGAACGCUCACGGCCAGAACAUGGCUCGGCGCAAGCCUCGCCGGCCAGAUCCGCCGACGCCGCAUCUGGCGCACCUUCCCUCACUUCAGUUCCCGCGGGCGCCUCCGUCUACAAUCCAAGCGACACUCCUGACGACUCUCUAAAUCCAAGGAGCUGUGUAACCUGUCGGAGGAGGAAAGUCAAAUGCGACAAGCUCCAACCAUGUACCAACUGCCGCCGAGCACACAUACCCUGCAUAUUCCCUGCCCCAGGCCGGGCCCCUAGACGACCCCGACCACGAGACCCCAAUGCGCCUCCGACGUCGAAACACCACUCGAGCGAGCGGGAGGUCGAGCUGAUGAAGCGGCUGCGCAAACUGGAGGGCAUUGUCGAGGAGCUGAGCGGGCAAAUCGAGGUGGAGGCGACCAGGCAGGGUUCUAGUUCAGAAUCGCCAGAGGCCGCCACACAGGACGCUCCUGCCGCCGCAUCGGCUGCUGGCGCCAGUCAGGCAGGGACGUCGGUCGAUGUGGGGAGCAGCUUGCGACCGUUAGGCCGUGGGCCAAGCAUCUCGAGCGAUCACGGCCAUGAGCCACCACUUUCAAGCCCUGGCAGCCGCUGCCCGUUGGACGACAUGCACCCUGGAAGGCGACCCCUCGCCCAACAUGGGGCUGACCCUACCUUCAACCGGAAAUUCGGCAGGCUAGUCUUGCAUGACAAGGGAAGGUCUCGAUACGUCAGCAGCGGGUUCUGGUCCAAGAUCAACGACGAGAUCAACGAGCUGCGGACCGCAACCGAGGAGUGGUUCAGCGCUGAAUCGGAACUAUCUGAAGAGGAUACUACCCCUGAAACCUCGCAGGGAAUUCCAGGCGGCUACUCCAACAGCGCCUUCUUGUUCGGCAAUCACACGUCUGAUGUUGAUCUCCGAAGUUUCCACCCGUUACCGUCCCAAAUACCAUUUAUAUGGCAGAUUUAUGACCAAAAUGUCAACUCCAUCAUCAAGAUCCUUCACUCGCCCACCAUGGCCGUCACCGUCAGCGAGGCUUGCAAACGCCUGGACAACCUGGAGCCUCCGCUCGAGGCACUCAUGUUUGCCAUCUACAUGGGUGCUAUCGUGUCCAUGGAGGAGGAGGAGGUCGCAACAAACUUCGGUUUCGAUCAGGCGACUCUGAUAGCAAAAUAUGGCUACGCGCUGGAGAUAGCCUUGGCAAAGGUCGAGUUUCUUACAUCGACAGAUUUGACCACCUUCCAGGCAUUCGUCCUCUACACCACCAUGGUGAGGCGCCGCAACGACACGCGGUGUGCCUGGACUCUCGUUGGCCUGGUCGUGCGCAUCAGUCACGCCCUGGGACUACACCGCGACCCAACAAACUUUCCUGGCUUCAGCCCUUUUGAGUGUGAGAUGCGAAGGCGCCUCUUCUGGUACCUCCUCACAAUGGACUUCCGCGCCGCCGAGGAUCAGGGAACAGAUCUGGCCAUCAUAGACCGGUCUUUCGAUACCCAGAUCCCUCUCAACAUCAACGACGCCGACUUCGGACCCGACUCUACCGAGCUCCCGCCGCCACGCCAAGGCGAAACGGAGAUGACGUUUUUGUUGAUGCUCUACAACAUCCAGGUGUACCUUCGUCGCAUCCUGAACAUGACUUCGGCAGCGGGAGCUGCUUGUCCCGUGGACAUCAACAGCCCGUUCGAGAAACGGGAGCAGCUGCUCGAGGACAUAAUCAAGACGGUCGACCGCAUCUGCCCGCCAUCUGCGAGUGCCGCAAAGGCUAACCCAAUGAUAUUCUUGGCAGCCACCGCCGGCCGGGUCAUACACGCCAAGAUGACCGUCGUCGUCUACCAGAGCGGUCUUUUGGGAGCUUACCACGGCAAUCCCACAGGCGAGCUGACAGAAGAACGCCAGGAGCGCCUCUAUACGGCCGCCAUCGAGGUGUUUGAGCACGGGAACCUGCUAGCGCUCGACCCGCGUGUCAAGCAGUGGAACUGGAUGAUUCGCGUGUUUAUGCAGUGGCAGGCUGCCGCCUACCUGCUUCUCCGGAUGUCGAGGGCUCCCUGGAGCCCCGUGUCGGAGCGUGCCUGGACAGCCCUCAGUGUGACUUUUAGCAGUGCCAGCGCCGCCGCCGAGCUGGACCGCAUCGCCGACAACGCGGCCGUCUGGCUGCCCUUUAGGCGUCUCUAUACGCGCGCCCGCCGCCACCGCGUCGCAGAGGUAGCGAGACUGCGAGCGGACAAGGCAGCUGCGCGGGCACUCGAUCUAUCCUAUAUGCCAAAGACGGCGCCGUCCUUCGACACGCUCUCCAAUAGCGUCAGGGCGGCAAUGGCCCGUCAGAACUGGCGCAAGCUGGUUGACGCGCCGCCUCUGGAGGAUGGCUCGCCGACCCAGACGCAAGCGUCAAACCUGCAACAGGGGAAUCGGGAAGCUGCACGUUCGGCGUCACGGCCACAGCCCCCCGGCAGCCGUCUGCCCCUGACCGGGCCGCAGUUGUCGGCAUCAAAGCCAUGGCACGCCCAAGGUGUGGGAGGCGAUAUCAUGUCAGGCGCCGCCACAGCCCCUGACGCCUUCAGCCUAGGCGUGCUGGAUUUCGUGGACCAGGUUAUGACGCAGCCGACGUUUGCACCGGCCGACUUUUGGCCCCUUGCCUUCCCUCCCGACCAGGCACCACCGGACAACAGCAAUCUGCCGCCUGCGCGGACCAGCAACCCCUUCCAACAGGGCACGUCGGCGCAGCGCCAAUCGCAGCCGCAGCCGCAGCCGCCAGCCUCGGACGCACAGCUCCUCGAUGCCUUGCGGAAGAACAACGCCCCGCCAUGGCUAUUCCCGCUCCCCAACGGCCCGUCAUCAUCCCUCACCGGCAGCAGCAGAGACGUCGACGAGCCCAACAACACCCCGUAUGUUUCUCCCUCCACCGCGGCAGCACUUGACGGUGGAGAUGGGCCCUUUGCAGAUCUUCCAGAUAUCAUGUCGGGCAUUACCGGCGAUCAGCUCGGCAGCCCAUCACUGGAGGAUUUGGACGUGGCCAUGGACACGGACGACUUCAACUGGCAAGCCUUCAACGAGAACAUCCGUGGCUUCCCGUCCGGGGCCGGCAGCUCCGCCACGGGUCUUUGGGGUAUCUAA